GGCGUCGUCGUUCAUAUUGCCUUUCUCUGCGAUUUUGUACACCCAAGGUCUUAAACCCGAUGGACUGACAAAUUUGAUAGCUCGCUGGUCGGCGAUAUUCUGGUGACGAAUGGCGCACUUUGUCCGGCGCAUCUUAGCAUCUUCCCUCAUUCGAGCUCUCUCUCAUUCUUCGUCUUCUCGUACAACUGUUUGUCGCUCUCGUUUCCCACUGGCCUUGCUCGCCGCCAGACAAGCCCUUCUGGUUCCAAAUCGAUUAAAAACUUCCGGGUCGGGUUACUCGCCCUUGAACGACCCGUCGCCGAACUGGAGCAACCGCCCUCCUAAAGAGACGAUUCUUCUCGAUGGCUGCGACUACGAGCACUGGCUCAUUGUCAUGGAGUUUCCCGAUAAUCCCAAACCCACUGACGAGGAAAUGAUCAACGCAUAUGUCAAAACCCUAGCCCAGGUCGUAGGAAGUGAGGAGGAGGCCAAAAAGAAAAUAUACUCAGUUUCUACUGCCACGUAUACUGGUUUUGGUGCCCUGAUUUCCGAAGAGCUUUCUUACAAGGUUAAAGGAUUACCUGGUGUUCUUUGGGUGUUGCCGGAUUCGUAUAUUGAUGUUCCCAACAAAGAUUAUGGAGGUGAUUUAUUUAUUGACGGGAAAGUAAUCCCUCGGCCACAGUACAGAUAUAGUGAAAGGCAAACAACAAGGAACAGGCCUCGGCCGAGGUAUGAUCGGCGCAGGGAAACAAUGCGGGUUGAUCAGAGAGAGCCUGCCCAUUUACAGAAUCUGAGCCAAGGUCAGGGAGUACCCCUGCAGCAAUCAAGCCCAAUGGAUAGCCAAAACUCAGCAUCAAGUGGAGCAACCCAAGCAAAUCUGAACAAUAGCUGAGUAGCAAUGCUUGAGAAAUUUCUAUACAUGUGAAACAAGUUCGCUAGUCUGAGAAAGCUAAGGUUUGAGUUCACUGGACAUUCAUUUAGUGAUGAUAUUUGGCGGCAUGAUAAAUAAAAAAUUAUAUGUACUCGGAAGAUUGAUUCAAGUACAAAACGUGGACGUAAAGGCUUAUCAGUUUUGUUUUGAUAUGCAAUUCAGAUAUCUGACAAUUAUAAUUGAUAGCAGUAGAAUGAGAAUGAAAUGCAGACAGUUCUUUUGAUUCACUCUUAAGGGUGAAAACAUGAGUGUUGAAGUUUGAGAAGUAACGUAGUAUGUAGUAAAAUUACUUGAGGUCACCUUGGGGUAAAGUCUUGACAUGUUUUGGGAUAUGUAUUGGAAAUUAUCUCAAUUCCCCUAUCACUUAUGCUAAAUUUGCAAUAAAAGCAAAUUAAUAUACAUAGCCGAGACUUCAAAUGAACGUGUUUGGCUUUCAAUUAUAUUUGUGUAGAAUUGCUACAAAUACAUAAUGCAAUAAUCAUGCUUUUAUUCUCUUCGAAA